CAAUCAUCAUCGCUACCAAGUAGUUAACUCUUUUAUUUAGUCAACGUUCAGCGACCUGUAAAAGUCUGGUUGCUUCAGUCUGCUUCUCACUCUGCAACGCAGUGGAGUCAAACAAUAGGUGUGUUUACAACGAACACAUCCAAAAUGGUGAAACAGGUAACACAUGAGUCACCCAGUGAAAUGCAGCUAAUGUCACCCACCGAAGAUGGAAAGGCUCUUCCUGGUAGCCUGGAAUCUGGGCCUGAUAGAAUACAGAUGAAAAAACAGCUUGGCCUGCUGGAAGGAGUUGCUAUAAUUUUAGGAAUCAUAUUUGGAUCUGGAAUUUUUGUUUCACCAAAGGGCGUAAUCAAAGAAGUAGGUAGUGUUGGAUUAUCUCUCAUCAUAUGGGUCUUUUGUGGUUUGCUCUCUAUGGUGGGGGCGUUGUGUUAUGCAGAAUUAGGUACAAGCAUACCCGUAAGCGGUGGUGACUAUGCCUAUAUUCAUGAAGCCUUUGGUCCAUUACCAUCUUUUUUGUAUUUAUGGGCAGCAAAUUUGAUAUUCGUCCCUACAACAAACGCUAUUAUGAGUCUCACUUUUGCUCAGUACGUUCUCCAACCAUUCUUUCUGGAUUGUGAAAUCCCGGAUGAUGGUAUGAGACUCAUAGCUGCUGUCACUAUAUGCUUGCUGACUUUUAUCAAUUGCUACGAUGUUAAAGAGACAUCAAUGAUGCAGAAUGUGUUCAUGUUUGCUAAGGUUGCUGCAUUAGUUAUAAUUAUUAUCACUGGAAUCACCUGGUUAGGACUUGGGCAUACGGAAAAUUUCAAAGCUCCAUUCGAAGAAACUAAUACUGCUCCAGGAAACAUUGCAGUUGCAUUUUGCUCUGGUAUAUUUUCUUAUUCUGGCUGGAACUAUCUGAAUUUUAUGACAGAAGAACUCAAAAAUCCUUAUGUAAAUUUACCUCGUGCCAUCUACAUAUCACUGCCAUUGGUGACUUUCAUCUAUGUUCUUGCCAAUGUAGCUUAUUUAGCAGUGUUAACACCAGAUAUGAUGAUAGCCUCUUAUGCUAUUGCUGUGACGUUUGGGAAUCAAAUACUGGGCGUCAUGUCGUGGACGAUACCUUUAAUGGUAGCAAUUUCAGCUUUUGGUGGCUUGAGUGUCCAUAUCAUGACUUCUUCAAGGAUGUGCUUCGUAGGUGCUCGAAAUGGGCAAUUUCCAGCUAUGUUGAGCCACAUUAAUGUGUCCAAGUUGACUCCAACACCCGCCUUAGUGUUUUUGUGUAUUCUGUCACUAUGUAUGCUUUGCACGAGUGACGUAUUUGUGCUCAUUACUUACUGUAGUAUUGUGGAGACAUUCUUCAUUACAUUAUCUAUUGCCGGUGUUCUAUGGCUGAGAUAUAAGAGACCGAACAUGGAGAGGCCUAUCAAGGUUUCUUUGUGGGUACCUAUUACGUUUGUGAUGAUAUGUAUUUUCCUCAUUGUGGUAUCUUGCUAUCAGGCACCAUUUGAAGUGGGGAUAGGCACUUUAAUUACCCUGUCUGGAAUCCCUGCUUAUUAUAUCGGAAUUGUGUGGAAAAAUAAACCAAAGUCAUUUCAACGUCAGUAUCAUCGCAUCACCUGCACGAUGCAAAAAUUGUUUGUAGCUGCGAGGGAAGAAAGAGAUGAGUAAUGACUGAAGUUUUUGUAAUUCAAAACAGUAUUCGGUGCGUGCAUAAUUACUUAAAAAGCUACAGCAAUGCUUGUCAAUAAUUGGGUAAGGCUUUAUCUUCUUUUCAUUGUCACCAUUACUGUUGGAUUACUUGAAACUGUGUUUUUAUAUUGUAUUCAUUGUGAUUUUUAAUCAAGAGUUAGUGAUUGCAUGCUCUUUUGAUAUAAUUAUUUAUUAUGCUUUUUUGAUAUAAUAAUUUAUCUAAAAUUCAACGCAACUCGGGAAUGAGAAAACCCCUUAAGUUGAAUAUGGUAGUUAAUUUUAAAGCAAGUCAAAUGAAUAACCGUUUCAAACGUUUUCAAAUUUGUUUGCAGUUUGUCUUGUUAGUCAAGUUUAGUCAAAUCAUUUAAUGUCGAUAUAAGAAAAUUCAUCUGAUAUGUUUGUUACACUACUGUGGAAGUUUUUGCUGUUGCGUCAUUCUGCAGUAAGUAGUUUUUAUUAAAUUUAUCUAUCGUCGCAUGUAUGAAAUAUGACCAACAUAUACAAAUAUUGUUAGUAUAUCUGUCAUUAUCGUAUAUACGAUGAAGAGAGACGUAUAAAUAUUUUCAUGUUGAUCAUGGAAAGUUAUAUCGUGUAACGCAUAUCUCGUGAAUAUUUUCGUGGAGAAUAUUCAAGAAAUAUGUAAACGUUGAAAAUUUAUUUUUCAUUUUACUACCUGCGUGAUAAAUCUCUAUCAGCAAGCAAGUAUUAGAAUGCAUAGAAUUUAGAAAUUGUUAUUAUAAACUCUCCUGCCUAUAUUAAAGUGAAUCAGUUUUCCUGUGCGCAUAGUUCACCUAGGCUCAAGUUUUUCUGCAGGAGCCAAAUAAGUAAUCAAUAAUAUUGAAUGAAGCUCAACGUAAGUGGUUUCACACAUUGUACAAUUAAACUUACACAAGUGAAAUUUUUUUAUCAAAGUCUUAGUUAAGAUAAAAAUUUAUUUCUCACACUGAGAUAGAAUGCAAAUGUUGAGUUUCGUUUAUAGGAUA